GCCUAGCUUGAAGAUAUAGCAAAACUUACUGCUUACCGUGCGUGUAUACAUUUAAACUACUUGCAAAUUAUAUUUGCAAUGGACACGAGCACCAACACUGAUAUUCAGCCUCCAUCAUCUGCCAAGACGACAGGCUUCCUCAAGACCUGCUUCAAUGGAGUCAAUGCACUCUCCGGUAUCGGGCUGCUAUCCAUCCCUUACGCGCUGUCCCAGGGCGGGUGGCUGAGCCUGACCAUCUUCCUCGCCGUCGCCGUCAUCUGCUGCUACACGGGGCUCCUCCUGCAGCGAUGCAUAGACGCCAGCCCGUUCGUGAGGACCUACCCCGACAUCGGUGCGCUGGCCUUCGGCCGGAGAGGCAGGCUCAUCGUCGCCGUUUUCAUGUACCUCGAGCUCUACCUCGUCGCCGUAGACUUCCUCAUCCUCGAGGGCGACAACCUAGAGAAGCUGUUCCCGGCGGCGAGCUUCCGGCUCGGCGCGCUCAGGGUCAGCGGCAAGCAGGGGUUCGUGCUGGCCGCCACGCUCGUUGUGCUGCCGACGACGUGGUUCAGCAGCCUGAGCGUACUGGCCUACGUCGCUGCCGGCGGCGCGCUCGCGUCCGUCGUCCUUAUCGCAGCCGUCCUGUGGGUUGGGGUGUUCAACGGUGUUGGGUUCCACGAGAGGGGAAGGCUCGUGCACUGGGCUGGCAUACCGAGCGCCAUGAGCCUAUACUCGUUUUGCUUUAGUGGGCAUGCCGUGUUCCCCAUGAUAUACCAGGGGAUGAAAGACAAGAAAAGGUUCCCCAUGGUGCUGUUCAUCUGCUUCACCGUGAGCACGCUCAGCUACGGCGUCAUGGGCAUCAUCGGGUACCUCAUGUACGGAGACGCGCUCAAGUCCCAGGUCACCCUCAACCUCCCAUCGGGGAAGGUGAGCUCCAAGAUCGCCAUCUACACGACGCUGGUGAACCCGCUAACCAAGUACGCGCUGGUGGUGACCCCCAUCGCCGAGGCCCUAGAGGCCACGCUCGGCGUCGGCAAGAACCGACUCCUCUGCGUCCUCGUCAGGACGGCGCUGGUCGUGGGCACUGCCGUCGUCGCGCUGGCGGUUCCCUUCUUCGGCGACGUCGUCGCGCUCACCGGCGCCCUGCUCAGCUGCACGGCCACCAUGCUGCUGCCGUGCCUGUGCUACCUCAGGGUCCGCGCCAAGGUCAUCAGGCCGUCCCAAAAGAUGUACUGGAUGGAGACGGCAGUUUGUUCCGCCAUUGUUGUGGUUGGCGCCGCGAUUGUUGUGGUUGGCACGUACAGUUCUGUGAAGCAGAUUGUUCGGAGUCUGUAA